AUGCCUCCAAGACUGCCGAUGCGACUGCUGUCGCAAUCGGUUUCAUCGAUUUCGACCUCCCUACACUCACAUGCCUCGCCUUCAUUCCUCUUCCUCCUACCGUCCAUCCAAACCCAGACCCGUGCAGCAUCCAUUCUAGCCUCCCUCUCCGACAAUCCAGCAGCAUAUAGCAAGAGGAUUCGACGCGGUCUCGGUCCUGCAUCCGGCAAGGGAAAGACAGCCGGUCGUGGUCACAAAGGUCAGGGACAGCGAGGAACGAAGAAGGCGUUCUUUGAAGGCGGCAAGAUACCCUUCAAUGGAGGACAGACACCAAACGAGGUAGUUCACGGAGAGGGCGGGUUUGACAAUAUAUUCUCCCUGAAAAUAUCUCCUGUCAACCUUGACCGUAUUCAGGAUUGGAUCGACCAAGGGCGUAUCGAUCCCUCGCAGCCCAUCACACUUCGAGAACUAGUGAAGACCAGGUGUAUUCACGGGAUAAAGGAUGGAGUCAAACUACUCUCACGUGGAGGAGAGGGUGCUCUCAAACAGCCCAUCACCAUCAUUGUUUCGCGCGCCUCGGCCAGGGCCAUCCAAGCCGUCGAGGCGGCUGGUGGUUCCAUCACCACCCGAUACUACACCAAAUACGCCAUAAAGAGAAUCAUGAGUGGGAAGACCGACCCAUACGUCUCUCUUGCGUGGAAGGAUACUUCGGAAAAACUUGCCGCUGCCGCUGCGAAGGGCGAGGACAUCUCCAACGUCGACACCGAACUCAUGAAGAAGAUCGGAAUGGGAGUCGAUCGGCCGCUUUCCAAAGGCAGUGGGUUCCAGUACCGUCUGCCUGACCCGUCUAGCCGAAAGGAUAUCGAGUAUUACCGUGAUCCAGCCCAUCGAGGAUACCUGAGCUACUUGGUCAAGCAGGGAGACACCCCCAGUUUGUUCUUCACACCGCCAUCAGAAAUGAAGAAGGCGAAGAAGGCUAUUAAGAAGUCUGCCGAGAAUAGGGUCUGGUAG